AUGAUUCCAGACUGCACAUGCGAUGAGUUGGAACCACAAAUUCAUCAAGCUGUUCUUGGAGAGUGGAACGAGUUGACAUCCCCUGGUUACCCGAUACCAUAUUGUAGCGACCUAGUGUGUGUUUAUAGGAUUGUCGCUCCAGCUGGGCAUCACGUCGUACUAAAUAUCACAGAAUUUUACACUGAACCCUAUAACGACGUACUGGCUUUGUUUGACGGUGAGAACACAACUGGGAGACAUAUAGAUGGAGUAAAUGCGCUGCAAAAUAACAAAAAAUGGAAGAUAAUGAAAAUCUUGAUAAAAGUAGUUCGUGACUAUUACAGCAUCUUAAAGUGUGAACACCUUUUUGAGUGAGA